UUCCCUGCACUCAUGAGGGGGGACGGGCCGGUUGCCGCCGCCGCCACCGUGCGGCGAUGCGGAACGCGAUGGCGGUUGUGCUCCUCCCGGGGACCUGGUGCCGCCGUGCCCAUCCGCCCUGCCUCCUGCCCAGUCGUAUUUUCGGGCCGUUCCCGUGAAGUUGCCCGUCCUUGCGUGCUUCCGGGUGGCUGUGCUGGGGAGGGAGGUGCCAGGAGCAGCGCUCCGUUCGCGGGCGGCCGGGGCCGGUGUGAGAGGGCUGGCGGGACUGCCUUGCGUCUUGUGCAAUAGUAAACGCCUAAACCAAGCACCAAUCUUUACGAAUCUUGAGGCUUUACAUAGCAUCAGUGAAGGUAAAAACUGACUUUCUAACCUGACUUACUAAACUGUGUCCAGAGCCUUUUUGUGAGGAGUCUUGGCACGAAGAUGAGUACCAUCAACUCACAGGAUGAUGAAGAUAGCUUUAAAAUACUCAUUGCUACUGAUAUUCAUCUUGGCUAUUUGGAGAAAGAUCCAGUGCGUGGAAAUGAUACAUUUGUAACUUUUAAUGAAAUUCUGGACCAUGCUCAAAAAAAUGAAGUGGACUUUAUUUUAUUAGGUGGGGACCUGUUUCAUGACAACAAACCUUCCAGAAAAACAGUACACUCUUGUUUGGAGUCACUAAGAAAAUACUGCAUGGGUGAUCGUCCUGUUCAGUUUGAAAUUUUGAGUGAUCAGGCAGUUAAUUUUCAUUAUAGCAAGUUUCCAUGGGUGAAUUAUCAGGAUAGAAAUCUCAACAUUUCUAUUCCAAUUUUUAGUAUUCAUGGCAAUCAUGAUGAUCCUACAGGGGCAGAUGCACUAUGUGCAUUGGAUAUUUUAAACUGUGCGGGAUUGUUGAAUCACUUUGGACGUUCAACUUCUGUGGAGAAAAUAGAUAUUAGUCCCAUUUUAUUGCGUAAGGGUAGAACAAAAAUUGCUCUGUAUGGUUUGGGAGCUAUUCCAGAUGAGAGGUUGUAUCGUAUGUUUGUCAAUAAACAAGUAACCAUGCUGAGACCAAAGGAAGAUGAAGAUAGUUGGUUUAACUUGUUUGUGAUUCAUCAAAAUAGGAGCAAACAUGGAGCUACAAACUACAUUCCAGAGCAGUUUUUAGAUGACUUUAUUGAUCUUGUUGUGUGGGGUCAUGAACAUGAGUGCAAAAUAACCCCGUCCCAAAAUGAACAGCAACAUUUCUAUGUUUCUCAGCCAGGAAGUUCAGUGGUGACAUCUCUGUCCCCCGGAGAAGCUGUGAAGAAGCACAUUGGUUUGCUGCAUGUUAACGAGAAAAAAAUGAAAAUGCAGAAGAUUGCUCUAGAGACAGUGCGAACUUUCCAUAUGGAGGAUAUUGUUCUAGCUGAUCAUCUAGAUCUUUUUAAUCCUGACAAUCCUAAAGUAACUCAGGCAAUACAAGCAUUCUGCAUGGAAAAGGUUGAAUCCAUGCUGGACAAUGCAGAAAGAGAACGCUUGGGAAAUCCACGCCAGCCAGAGAAGCCUCUCAUAAGAUUAAGAGUUGAUUAUGCAGGUGGCUUUGAACCGUUCAGCGUCCAUCGUUUUAGCCAGAAGUACAUGGAUAGGGUGGCUAACCCAAAAGACAUUAUAUAUUUUUUCAGGCAUCGUGAACAAAAAGAGAAAAAUGACAAUGAUCUUAAUUUUGGAAAGCUGGUUAGCAGACCUGCGUCUGAGGGGAUGACACUGAGGGUGGAAGACCUUGUAAAGCAGUAUUUUCAGACAGCAGAGAAGAAAGUACAGCUUUCACUUCUAACUGAAAGAGGAAUGGGAGAAGCAGUGCAGGAGUUUGUGGACAAAGAGGAGAAAGAUGCCAUAGAAGAGUUGGUGAAAUUUCAACUAGAAAAAACACAGAGAUUUCUUAAGGAGCGUCGCACUGAUGCAGAGGAAGAAAAAAUAGACGAGGAGGUGCGAAAAUUCAGGGAGAGUAGAAAAAAGAAUACCGAAGAAGAGGAUGAAGAAGUUCGUGAGGCAAUGACCAGAGCUAGAGCUCUCAGAUCUGAGGAUGCAGUUCUUAUCGCAGCCUCCAGUGAUGAAGAACUCAUGGAUACGGGGAUGAAAGGCACUGUUGAUUCGGAUGACAGCCUUCCUGCAACAUUGAGCCGAGGAAGGGGUUCGGCAAGAGGUAGGGGAAGAGGCGCAAGAGGGCAAAGUUCAACAGCAAGAGGUUCAUCUCGAAGGGGAAGAGGAAGCACUAGCCAAGAGUCAGCUAGCAGCAGCAGAACCUACAAGCCUGUAUCUGUGCCUGCCAAGAAUAAGACUAUCAUGGAUGCCUUUAGGUCUUUGAAACCAGACCCCUACUUGAAUUCAUCCAAAUCUUACUCUGAGGAUAUUAUAGAUGACUCCGAUCUAGAAGACAUUUCUAUUGUUCCUUCUUCCAAAGUAAAUCAGAGGUUGUCAACUACAUCUUCACUUAGUAAAAGACGUUCAGAAAGCCAAACGUCUAGAGGAGUAGAUUUUGAGUCAGAUGAGGAUGAAUUUGAUCCAUUCAAAAGCACUGCAACGUCAAGAAGAACUAAGUGAUUUCUGGCUUGCUGUACAAGAGAGACCAUGACAGUUAGUGAAGAAAAGGGAAAACAGUUUGCAAGGCAUUCUCUGUGACAUAUCUCUGUAAAUGAUAGCUUGCCUUCAAUUUCUACUUCUAUGAUAUGUUUUUGGCUUGGGUUUUUUUUAAGUGGCACCCAAUUUGGUGCAUUAGACUAGAGCAUCGAAUAUUCUGAAGUACUGCUGAAAUGGCAAGUUCUUUCUAAAAGCCUGUUUUCUUUCUGGGAUGAUAAUGUAAAUAAGUCAUAUCUUUUAUAGAAAACUCCAUCUCUUGGGCUUGAAUUUUGCAGAGGGGUAAACUUAUAGUAGUAUGCAAGUACAGAUAUGGAUAUGGAUUUGGUCAGUGUAAUGAAACUUGUACAUAUUUGCAAUUUUCUACAGAUACCAUCAAAAACUCUGAAGAGUAAGAGUUUGACCAAAAAAUACAGUUUUCACUACUGAAGCUGGAAAGUGUUCUAAUAUUUUUCAACUCUUUUAGAAGAACUAAACCCACUAUUACACUGUUACUGAAUGUCAUAGUAUAUGGGAAUGAAUUCUGCUCUUAAUUCAAGAAGUGCCAAAGAUUUCAGAUUGAAUUGCAUUGUCAGCUUUUACCCUGUAAAUUAGUUGUAAGGGCUCGAGCCUUACAGCUUCACAAGGAAUGCUGCUUGAAGAAUAAAGCAAUUGAGCCAGUAACAGUCAGGACGUUGCCUCUUACCUUUUUCUUAGUUGAUAUUUGUGGUGGGUUGACUCUGGCUGGGUGCCAGGUGCCCACUAAAGCUGCUCUGUUAAUCCCUUCCUCAGCUGGACAGGGAAGAGAAAAUAUGACAGAAGGCUCAAGGGUGAAGCUAAGGACAAGGACAGAUCACUCGCCAAUUACCAUCAUACACAACACAGGCUUGACUUGUGGAAAAUUAAUUUAACCUUAUUACCAAUCAAAUCAGAGUAGGAUAAUGAGAAAUAAAAACUAAAUCCUAAAACACCAUUCCCCCACCCCUCUUUCUUUCCAGGCUUAACUUCACUCCCAAUACUCUCAACAUGUUCCCACUCAGCAGUGUAGCAGGACAGGGAAUGGAGGUUGUGGUCCUCAGGGGGAGGACUCCUCACACUCUUCCCCUGCUCCAGCAUGGGCUUCCUUCCAUGGGAGACAGUCCUCCACAAAUUCCUCCAACAU